CAAUAUUUAAGGUCUCCUGCAUGGCCACAAAGAAAAAAAGACAAGACAAGACAGACCUGCAGGCAGGCAGAGGUUGACACGUCCGAUCGACCGACACCGAGGCCACACACAGGCCUAACGGAGCCGUUCCCUUUCGUGAUGCUAUGCUAUCAGUCGCGUCUCCCGGUGAUAAGAUCGGUCAGCGAUUCCCCGAUGAUCCCAUCACUGAUGCACUCGCCCCACGACCUCCGGCGAGCCGCGGGCUGCGGACGACGGGCGGGCCUUGAAGGCGAGGCGUCGUCAGCAUAGCGGAAGUCACCGCCUGGAUUUUGAAUCCCUCCAUGGACAGACAUCAUAGCGGCAAAUGUCGACCGCUGCACAGACACAAGCAUGCAGAAAAAUGAUAAGAGAGGGAGGUCCAUGCGUGUCUCCCUAUUUGCAAGCGCGAAAGACUUAGUACCCGAGCAGGCUUCGCCGCCAGCAAGCCCUGUCGCGAGUAUUCGUUGCUCGAUGACCUGGUGGGACAAGCAGGAGUUGCCUGAGGGUCGCCUCACAUGCCUUUCCGCUACCGGCUCAGUAGGGUGUCGUCUUCUUCUUCUUCUUCCGUGGCGAUUGCCCCCCUGUCUAUGCUGGCGGCCGCCCCGCUGGCCGUUCCCGCACCAUCCGAGUAGCCCGUCUGCUUCUUGACCUCCCACGGGAACGUGAGACGGCCCCGGAUCCCUCUUGUUGACCUGCAUAGCAACGGCAAUUGACACCCACAAACACACGAUGGUAUGUAAUUAACGCAUGUGGAGCCCAGCCCCUUGGUGUUCCCUCCUCACGUACCGUUUGUCUUGGUUGCUGCCGUCCUGACCGGAAACACCCCCCACGAGAGGCCCCAUCUGCGAACGGACACGCAGGGGAGAAAAUGUACUACAUACUGUGUGAGUGAAGCUGCCCGGCCAUCCCUCGCUGUGUUGCGCAUGUGACCUCAUCUAGCUCCGUCGUCUGCGUCCCUUCAUCAAGGUUGGCGCCAAGGUUGACACCCGCAGCGUGCUCUGACAUCAACACACGUCGGAGAAUGCUCGCAGAGGGGACCAGGUACGUACCCCAGGUACGACGGCACAGCUGGGGAUAUCUCACCAGGGAUGGGUGUCAGUUGUUCUGAGUGUCGCCGAAGGGCCAUCUUUCUUCGUCUUGCGGUGUGGUGG